AACAGAGACAUCUCCACGCAGUGGCUGUAAAGGCGACGCAGCUCUUCUGGCUUUAAUCAUGUUGAGCUAAUAGGAAUUUAGCACUGUAGAUAGAGAGAGAAAGAGGGCGGGCGCAAAAGCGCGGCAUUGACUCCAGGGGGAGAGGAGAGAGAAGUAAAGAGGCGAGGUUUCAGGUGUAGAGAGGGAAACGUGACCUAUUUGAAGAGAUCCAGAUCUUGCUUCACUCUCCUCCCACUCUCUUCUUCUCCGGCGACACGCACCACAAAGAGAAUAGGGAGUAAGAAGCUAUGCGAACGAAUAAAGAAGGUGCACUGUACAUCUACUUUCAGAAAGCAGAUCAUAGGAUGGCCGCAGCUGUUUAAGCAAACUAAGCAACUCUUUUCUUCUGUUUUUUUCACUAAGAAGAGCAAAAAAGGCGCGAACUUUGGCAACUCCUCCGGGCAUGGAUGCAUAUGAAGCAACCAAAAUCGUUUUUUCCAGAAUACAGAACUUGGAUCCGGAGAACGCCGCAAAGAUCAUGGGGCUUCUCCUAAUCCAAGAUCACGGCGAGAAGGAGAUGAUUCGCCUUGCUUUCGGUCCUGAAUCCCUUCUCCAGUCCCUGGUUUUCAAGGCACAGAGAGACCUCGGACUCCUCGCUCGCUCGCAGCCGCUCGCCAUCCCUUCCCCUUCCUCAUGGUCGCCGCCCUCCGCCGGCGACGAGCUCAUCGACCAACUGCAGCUUCAAGCCGGCGAAGACAUUGGGUGGGCUCACCGCUGCUUCGCCGGCGACCCAUGGAAGCCUUGUCUCUACUUCGCGAGGGGAUACUGCAAGAACGGUGCUAGGCCGGCGGUGGCCGCCGCCACCGCCGCCCUCGAACGAUCGAAGAGCAUGCGGUUCAUGUCCUCUGCUUCGAUCGGUUUCCCUUACUCGCCGACCGGACCUUUACCGCCGUCGCCGAAAUGCAUGAAUAUGAACUUUCUGCUUCAACAGCAGAGGAGCGAUAGUCAAAGGGGUGUGGCGGCCCCCGCCGCUCUGAUGCUGGGAGGAGAAGAUCUACAUAAGUUCAUCGGCCGGCCGAAGGUAGAAAGGAAUGAUUUUUCAUGCCUGGCAAGCCCUGUUUCAAGACAGAUUUACUUAACCUUUCCGGCGGACAGCACUUUCAGAGAGGAAGAUGUUUCCAACUACUUCAGCAUCUAUGGACCAGUGCAGGAUGUGAGGAUUCCCUACCAGCAAAAGAGAAUGUUUGGGUUCGUCACCUUUCUUUACCCUGAGACUGUGAAGCUAAUCCUUGCAAAGGGUAAUCCUCACUUCGUCUGCGAUGCUCGAGUUCUUGUCAAACCUUAUAAAGAGAAGGGGAAAGUUCCAGACAAAAACAGGAAGCAGCCGGGUGAUAGAGGAGAUUUCUCUGGUUGUACAACUCCUACUGGGCUGGAUUCCAGAGACCCAUUUGACUUUCAGCAGCUAGGAUCAAGAAUGCUUUAUUCGAGCAACAACCAGGAUAUUCUUCUGCGCAGAAAGCUUGAAGAACAGAGAGAGCUGCAGCAAGCUAUUGAGCUUCAGCAAAGGCGGUUCAUGGGUCUCCAGCUUCUCGAUCUGAAGCGGAUCGAUAUGAACUCUUCAUCAUUUCCGAUUAAAACCACUUUGGAAGAAGAUAAAAGUUCGGUGCUUGGGGUUGUAGAUGCUCUUGCAGACAUGGAGGAGACGAGUCCCAAAAAAGAUGGAGAUUUCCAAGAAAGGGCGGAGCACAAUCUCCCAGACAGUCCGUUUGCGUCGCCGACCAAGUUGGCUGCCGCCGGCGACGGAGGCGAUUACUCUUCUUUGGUCUCUGAGGCCGACGCCGGUGGUUCGACUGCUUCUUCUUCUUCGUCCUCUUCUCUGUUUACCUCCACUUUACUGCCUGCAAAUUCUGCAUUGGAAACCAUGGCUUCCUUCAAAUCUUGCUUCUUUCAGAUGCCCAGGUUCUCCUCCGGCCCCGGAGCAGUUGGUCUGUAACGCAUGGAAGCUAUAAAAGGGAAAAAAGAAAAUGGAACAGUUAGGAAAAGAGAAUAGUUAGCAAGUUGCAGAAUGUCCAACAGUCGUCUUUCUUUGUUUCUCUUAAAGUUUUAAUUUUUAUAGCAUUUUAGUGAAAAGCCAUGAUUGAGAGUGAUGGAGGAAGCAGAAGAAAAUUGAUGAAAUCAAUCAGAGGCUUCUCCAAUGAAUCAUACGGCUGUGAAUGCCAUUAGAAGUAGAUCAGUACAGCUGAAUAGGGAAUUACAGAUAUCAACACAGAAGAAGAAACUAGAGAGAAAGAGAGAGAGAGCAGCAGAAGAACUAGCUUAGAUCUCUUUCUUCUUACUCAAUUAAGUUUUAGUCUCCUUUCAUGUUUGUAUUUCCUCUGUAGGAACUGAAAUCCAUAAAAUACUGAGAUUCAUAAGAAAGAAGUGGAAGUCUGGCAAUCAAGUACUUAUAAGGACUGGUCUUAAUGUAACCAAUCUCAUUUAUGUCAAAAACAAGUGACCUCAUUUGGCAUAUAUGUUGAUUAA